AUGCCCGAGAUCGCAGAAGUCGCCCGGAUCGUCAACCGGCUGCGGACACAUCUGGUCGGCAAGAUGAUCACAAAGGUCACGCCGUUCGAGGACGCAAUCGUCUACAAAGACACCACGCAUAAGGCGUUCAAGCAGGCCCUCGAGGGCAAGAAGGUGCUUGAGGCGCGGCAGUGGGGGAAGUAUUUUUGGCUCGUCAUGAACAGCUCUCCUCACCCUCUCAUGCACUUUGGCAUGACCGGCUGGAUCUGCUUCCAACACGACUCCACCGCGCACUACCGCGCCACCACCCCCGAGAAAAACCCCGAGUGGCCCCCCCGCUUCGCCAAGUUCCUCCUCCAGCUCCCUGACGCCUCCGAACUCGCCUUCACCGACCCGCGCCGCCUCGGGCGCAUCCGCCUCAUCGACCACCCCACCGGCGACCUGCGCAGCGUCAGCCCCCUCCUCGAAAACGGGCCCGACCCCGUCCAGUCCCCCGUCAGCGUCGCCUGGCUGUCCGAGAAGCUCGCGGCGCGGCGCGUGCCCCUGAAGGCGUGGCUGCUGGACCAGAGCGUGCUGGCGGGCAUUGGCAACUGGGUGGGUGACGAGAUACUGUACCACGCGCGCAUCCACCCCGAGCAGGUCACGAACACGCUGGACGAGGAGAUGGUGAAGAGGCUGCAUGGCGCGCUCGGGUAUGUGACGGGGCUGGCGGUGAAGGCGGAGGCGGAUAGCAGCAAGUUUCCGGAGGACUGGUUGAUGCUGCAUCGGUGGGGGAAGGGGAGCAAGAAGGAGAAUAAGCUGCCGUCGGGGGAGAAGAUCGACUUUGUGAAGGUGGGGACUAGGACGAGUGCGUAUGUGCCGGGCUUGCAGAAGCUGGUGGGGGAGGCGGUGAAGAAGAGGGCGAGGAAGGUGAAGGAGGUGGAGGGGGGAGAUGGAGAGCAGGAGGAGGGGGAGGGGAGUGAGGCGGAGGUUAAGCCGGCACCGAAGAGACGUGCGAAAGCAAAGGCGGUGAAGAAAGAAGAGGUGGGCGGGGACGUACCGCCACCUGCUAGACGCUCACUCAGAGGCGCGGCAAAGGCGGUCAAAGAAGAGCCAGAACCAAAGGAGGAGGAAAGCGAUUCUGAGAGCCCGGAGGUGCCUGCGAAGAGGGCGAAACGUGUCAGGUGA